UUAAUUUGUGUUUACAACGAACGAUAAUUCAAUAAAUGCGCGAGCAGAUUUAAACCCACGUUAUCGCACGUCUUAUAUCAAUAUAGUAAUAGCUUAUACUUUGAAUAUUUACCGCACAAACGAAUGUUCUUCAAUGCAGUGUUUCUCUCGAAUCUAAUGUUUAUCUGUUGGUUUAAGCCGUGUAAAAAUAUCCAUUUAUAUUGUUUAUAACAAAGAUACUUGCAAUGUCCAUUUUUAACGCGCACCAGUUUUUAGGUGCAUUGUGUAAACGUUAUGUAAUUUCACUGCCAUCAAUAAAUUUAUCUAGAACUCAAAAAAUUUUUAUUAUUUGUCUUACUGGAGGAUCAUUACUAUUAGGAGGACUAGCACAGUUUUUAAAGAGACGUAGACGACGUCCUCGUCCUUCAAGAAGAACCCUAAGGGAGCUAAAACAAAGAUUUACUGCUGCAAAGAACUCUAAUUUUGAUGUAUUAUCGCAAGCAUCAUGGGCAAGAAAAAGUGAAGCUAGCAGCAAAAGUCAUAUAAGUGAUCGAGUAUCACUUAUAUCUUCUGUUCCAGGAGGUCCAGAUGCUGAUGUAAGACUUACUCCACAACAGUAUGGGGUUCUUGGAUUGGAGGCUCUGGAAAAAGCUCUCUAUUGCUGGGAGGAUGCUCUUACGGCGUUCAGCUCUUCAUUCAGUAAUGGUACACUCGCAUUACCGUCGGCAGCGGAUGCGGCAUUUACGCAAGAUGUGCAAGAACUCCUUGACAUGGGUUAUCAAAUUCAGAACCAUGCAGAACUCCUUUUUAUCGACCAGCAUUCAGUAUUGUUCCGGAAUGAAGAUGAGGAAAGUAUAGAUAGCCACAAACCUUCGAACAUAGGUAGUAGGAUAUCCGGUAAGGAUAAAGCAGAUGCUGCGUCUUCUCCGGAAUCUUUUGAAUCUGCACGUGAUGGAGUAGCAGAUUUACGGGAAUUUGAAGAAUUCUCCGAAUUUUUCCCGCACUUUGAAAAGCAAAAAUUAUAUCACGCUGCACUCAAACAACACGAAGACAAACGCAUUUUGUGCAGACGUUUGCAUACAGAGUUAGUAAAGUGUGGCUCGGACAUUGAAUAUUUAGCAAAGGUACAUUGCUUGCGACAAGCGUAUACAAAAUUGUUCACUAUAUCUUCUGCCACAGAAUGGAUCGCGGACAUAGGCAGACAAGUCAUUAGUGAUUUGAUCAUGUAUGCAGACAGGGAUCCCAAAGAUUAUCUAAUGCAUUACGAACGAAUGUUAGAAUUUUUACAAGAGCCAAGCAACCAUAGUAUGAUGGAGGAGGAAUUAACCGGAAGAGGCGUCAAAUGUAUAAAUUUCUACGAUGUUCUGAUUGACUUUAUUUUAUUAGAUGCUUUCGAAGAAGUUGAAAAACCGCCUUCAUCAAUUAAAGCUAUUUUACAAAACAGAUGGAUAUCCGCUAGUUUUCGUGAAACUGCCAUUGGAACUGCAGUUUGGUCAGUUCUUAUGGGUAAAAGACAAAUGCUGAAAUAUGAUAAAGGAUUUCUAGCCCAUUUUUACUCGAUUUCUGAACAAAUUUCUCCAGUGCUUGUGUGGGGUUUCCUAGGCCCAGAAGGAAGUCUACGUUCUACCUGCCACUAUUUCAGAGAUCAAGUAAUAGAAUUCCUUGUAGAUAUAUUUAAUUUCUUUAAAGUAAGAUAUACUACUGUUGAUAACCUCGCUGAAGAUAUACUCAGGGAAAUGAAAGUAAGAGUCGAAAAUAUAAAUCAAAGACUUUCUCUAGAAGGUUGUUAAUCAUGCAUCAUAAACAUAAGCACUAUAUAGCAGUGUCAAAUAUAUAUAAAAUGUUCUAACAAUCUUUAUCCUUUUGUAUUUGUUGCAAGUUGUCUGUCCAUAUUUAUGCACAUCAGUGCAACUAUUGUAUGAGUUUUAUGAAAGCUGAUAUUAUGAGUAAAAGAUAAUUGAAUUUAUAAUGUAAUAAUAUUUCUUCAAUCUCUUUCGCAUUUACAUUAUUUUGUAUAUUUCAAUUCAAAACACACAUGAAUGUAGGAGUGAUUCUUUAUAUAAUUUUAUUUCUUGUAAUAUGUAUAUUGUAUAGAUUAUAUGUAGAUAUUAAUCUCAAUAUGCUUUUAGUACAAGAAUUUAGAACAAGAUGUUUAACCCUUUUAGUGCCGACCGAAAGAAUUGUACCUAAGCGAAAAGUAGCAAAUCAAUUUGAUGUAAUUUAUAGUUUGAGAAAAAAAUCAUAAAAAGGAAAGUAAGAAUGAUAUUUACAAAAUUCAAAACGGAACAUAUUACAAAAUAAAGGGGGAACAAAUUAAUGCCAAUUGUAUUUCACUAUUUUUUGAAAAUCAUACGAAUAAUUCUUAUUCAAAAUUAAUAGGAAAAGUGCAAAAAUCAGUUUUUUUUGUAAACAGUAUUUGCAAAUAAGAAGAAUAAUCGAUUGGUCAUAGUUUGAUGUGGAAUACGUAGUAUAAAGCAUCAAUACUGCAUUCUCAAUUAUUUGUAG